GAUACCUUCCCCGGUUUGAUUGCGCUCAUCCGACAUUAUCUGAGCAUGAUUGAGAUUGAACCAAACACCGCAUUCUCCAUCCACCAGUACCUGAGUCUCAUCUCACGGAGAGCCUCUGGAUCUGGGAUGGGUUUAUUGACGUCGGGUGUACCGCUUUCAUGGGCUGAUACUAAGAAAUAUUCUACAUUUGUUCGUAGGCAAGGAGUUCGACAGUUUAUUCGACAAUAUCACAAGCUAUCCAAAGCAACGGGUGCUGCUCUAUAUUUUGGUGAUGAAAUCGAAUACACUUUGAUUCAUGUUGAUCCGAAAACAAGGGAGGCUAGGCUCUUGUUAAUUGCUUCUGAACUGAUACCGUAUUUGCAAUGGGAAGAAAAUAAGCUGCCUACGGGAAGUCCGAUUGACGUGUUGUGGAGGCCUGAGUAUGCCUCAUACAUGAUUGAAGGAACUCCAGGAAAGCCGUUUGGGCAUAUAGCAGAAUAUCUUAAUACCGUUGAAUUCAAUAUGCAAAAACGACGGGAACAUGUUCAAAAACGUCUUCCAGAAAACUGCUACAUUAUUUGUUUGUCGGCAUUCCCCAGGCUUGGCUGUCCGAAUUUCACGUACCCUCCUGCUUCUCCCACACCAACCGAAGGCGCUGCACAUAGCCUUUUUUAUCCUGAAGAAGCUAUAAACGCUUCGCAUCCACGCUACAAAACUCUAACACGCAACAUACGCCAGCGCAGGGGUUCCAAAGUUGUUAUCAAUGCACCAAUUUUCCGUGAUAACAAUACACCAAAGCCAUUUAUCGAGGACCUCACGCGCUACCGGGAUGCUAAUGAUGAUGCCACUCCUCCCACUCUUCCUGAUCAUGUUUACAUGGACGCCAUGGGAUUCGGCAUGGGAUGUUGUUGUCUCCAGGUCACUUUUCAAGGUUGCUGCAUAUCAGAAGCCCGCAUGUUGUACGACCAGUUAACCACGAUAUGUCCAAUGGCAAUGGCUUUAAGUGCCGCGACUCCAGCCAUAAGAGGCUACCUCCUUGACACCGACUGUCGAUGGGACAUUGUUUCUGCCUCUGUGGACGACCGUACGGAGGAGGAGCGUGGACUAAAGACACUGACGAACGAUCAUUUCAGAAUUCCAAAAUCAAGGUACGACUCAGUGUCAGCUUUCAUUUCACCCGAGGGUGGAGCUUACAACGACACAGACAUUCCAUACGACGCCGAGUUUUAUGCUGAAUUGCAGGCAGCCGGCAUUGAUGAUCUACUUGCUCGGCACAUCGCCCACCUCUUCAUUCGUGACCCGCUCGCGCUGUACGCCGAGAAACUCGAGCCCCUGGACGAGGAUGACACGGACCACUUUGAGAACAUUCAGUCUACAAAUUGGCAGUCGAUGCGCUUCAAACCACCUCCUCCCAACUCGGACAUUGGUUGGAGAGUUGAAUUUCGUCCUAUGGAAGUUCAGUUGACGGAUUUCGAGAACGCCGCUUUUGCAACCUUUGUGGUACUUCUCACACGGACGAUCCUCUCGCUCAAAUUAAACUUUCUCAUUCCAAUCUCCAAGGUUGAAGAAAAUAUGCGAAACGCUGUCAAGCGAGAUGCGGUGAACCGAGAAAAGUUCCAUUUCAGACGGGGUGAUCUCAUCUUUGUUGGUAAAAGUAAGGAGGCUGCCGCUGCAGCCUGUCGCCGUAUCCGUCUUUCUCAGAAUUUUGGUGGUGACCAUCUCGCUGGUGACAGUCCUAACUCCCAUUGCCAUCCGACAUCGCCCGAGAGCCUCUUUGAUGGGGAAAAAACAAACCACCCUCCGUCCUCAACAAAUUUACCUAACCCUGUUGAUGGCGAUGAUUCGCUGUCUUCCACACCUGCGACCUGUGUCAAGCCGGAAGAGAGCUACACCACGAUGACCAUCAACGAGAUCAUCAAUGGUAGUGUAAGUCUUCAACGUACACAGUGA